AUGAUAGUAUCAUCAGCCCUCAUGAUAUGGAAAGGCCUUAUUGUAGUCACUGGUAGCGAGAGCCCUAUAGUUGUCGUACUAAGUGGCAGUAUGGAACCAGCAUUUCACCGGGGAGACCUGCUUUUCCUAACAAACUUCCAGGAAGACCCCAUCCGAGCUGGAGAAAUUGUGGUGUUCAAAGUAGAAGGAAGGGAUAUCCCUAUAGUUCACAGAGUCAUCAAAGUUCAUGAAAAGGAAAAUGGGGACAUUAAGUUCCUGACCAAAGGUGAUAACAAUGAAGUUGAUGACCGAGGUCUAUAUAAAGAAGGCCAGAACUGGCUGGAAAAGAAAGACGUUGUAGGCAGAGCGAGAGGGUGA